GGGUGGUGGAUACUUUCCAAUUGGAGGUCCAUCGAUGAUCGCACGUGCCAUUGUUCCAAUCAUCGAAAAAUCCAAAGGAAAAGCGUUCGUUCGUGCUCCAGUUUCAUCAAUUCUUAUAAAUGAAGAGAAUAAAGCUAUUGGAGUUGUAGUAAAAGGUCAUCAAAUCUUCUCAAGAAUCGUUGUUAGUGCUAUCAGUUCAACAAUAACGUACAAGUACCUUACACCUCAAACUCAUCAACAUUUGGUUCAAUCUCACUUGAAGAUUAUAGAAAGUCCUGAGCUUGCCUCGGAAAUCGGUUAUAUGUCAAUGUUCAUUGGUCUUCAAGGUGAUUCCGAUGAACUCAAUUUACCGAAAAGAAAUUUAUGGAUAUUUCCAUCAUGGAAUCAUGAUGAAAAUAUGAAGAAAUUUUGUGAUGAUUACAAUGCAGAUUUUCCAGUUAUUUUCAUAUCUUUUGCAUCUGCAAAGGAUCCAACAUAUCACACAAGAAACCCUAAGAAGAGUGUCGCAUCAAUUAUUACUGUUGGCACCUAUGAACAUGUUGAAGAUUACAAAGAUAAACGUGUAAAACAUCGCGGUGAUGCUUAUAGUCAACUGAAAGAUCAAUGGAAAGAAAGAAUGUUAGAAAUAUUUUUAAAAGAAUUUCCGAAUUUAAAAGACAAAAUAGUUUAUGUUGAUAAUGGAACAACAGUUACGAAUGAUUUCUAUCUUGGAACUUAUCAUGGAGCUACUUGCGGACUGGCGCAUACACCAGAGCGAUUUAGACAAGUGGAAAUUCUUUCACCAACAUCGCCAAUCAAGAAUCUUUAUCUCUCAGGACAGGAUAUGCUCAUCUGUGGAGUAUCGGGCGGUCUUAUGAGUGGAUUUAUGACAUUAUAUGCUAUUUCUUCUAGCUUGAUAUUUAAGUACCCAAAGCGCAACUGA